GCGGGCAAGGGGCCGGGAAGGAGGAUUAUAGGUGGAUGCGGUGUAGGCGCCAUCUCUUCUCCGGCCCGGCGUCUGCCAGCGUACGUGCCUCGAUGGCUGUCCUAUUUAAACGUAUGCCUUUCCCGGCUGCGUCCAUCCAGUGCCGGCUACCGUACGUGCAGCUCCUCCUUCUCUCCCGUCUCCGGUGGUGGACACCUCCAUCCUCCUUGCUCCUCUGCCCCGCCGCGCAUUCUUCAGGCGAUCGGGCCUCAGAAGGCGUGUGUGAAAACCAUCAUUGACAUCAUAGGACAGAAGCUAAGAAGAUCAGCAGGGGUCUGAGGAAGAGACGUGAUCCUGCAUCAGGGCCGGGAAGAUGGGCUUCUUGUCGCUGCUCGUGGUGGCAUCCAUGCCCAUCGUCCAGGUCCUGCUCAUCGGCGUCAUCGGAGCCUUCCUCGCCUCUGGUUACAGCAAGGUUUUCACCGCCAGCGCCCGCAGGGACAUGAACAAGGUUGUUUUUACAGUCUUCACCCCAUCGCUCAUCUUCGCCAACCUCGCCAAGACGGUCACGCUGUCCGACGUCAUCUCCUGGUGGUUCAUGCCGGUGAACAUAGCAAUCACAUUCCUGGUUGGCAGUGCUCUAGGCUGGCUAGCGUGCAAGAUCCUGAAACCGCCGCAGCAUUUUCGUGGCCUUAUCAUGGCCUUCUGCUCAGCAGGAAACCUCGGCAACCUGCUGCUGAUCGUCGUCCCGGCCGUCUGCGACGAAGAUGGCAACCCGUUUGGGAACGAUCGGAGCCAGUGCCGAUCGCGCGGCCUCUCCUACUCGUCGCUGUCCAUGGCUCUCGGUGGCCUGUUCAUAUGGACGUACACAUACAGCCUGAUGCAGAAGUCCGGCAAGCUGUACCACAAGAUGCAGUCCAAGAGCGUCCAGUGCCCGGCCGACAGUGACGAGGAGCAUCUCCAGGGGUUCAAAGCCGGCGACGAGGAAGCGGCUCUCCCGCCGUCCGCUAGCCCUGAAGAACACGAUGAGGGGAGCCGGAUUGAGGCUCCACUCCUGUCGUGCGAGAGCGAUGUCGCCAACAACAAAGGGUUCUGGACGAACCUGAAGGAGGCCGUGCACCAGCUCGUCGAGGAGCUCAUGGCGCCGCCGACCAUAUCCGCGAUAAUUGGAUUCGUUGUUGGGCUAGUUCCAUGGCUGAAGUCGCUGAUCAUCGGCGACGGCGCCCCUCUCAGGGUUAUCCAGGAUUCUUUGGAGUUGAUGGGUAAUGGCACUAUACCCUGCAUCACCCUCAUCCUGGGAGGAAACCUGACACAAGGGCUGCGGAAGUCGGUGCUGAAGCGUUCGGUGAUCGUGGCGAUCGUGUGCAUCCGCUACGUGGCUAUGCCGGUGAUCGGCAUCGCCGUCGUGCGCGCGGCACACGGGGUCGGGUUCCUUCCCCAUGAUCCUCUCUACCGGUACGUGCUGAUGUUGCAGUUUGCGCUGCCGCCCGCCAUGAACAUCGGGACCAUGGCGCAGCUGUUCGACGUCGGGCAGGAGGAGUGCUCGGUGAUCUUCCUGUGGACGUACCUCGUCGCCGCGGUCGCGCUCACCACAUGGUCCACCGUCUUCAUGUCCAUCCUCUCCUGAAGCAGGCAACCAUGAACUUUACAGUUCAAUUUUGUAGGGGGGCACGGAGAAUUCCUGUAGAUUCCAUUUGUAAAGUGUUCAUACAAAGUUUGUAAGUAGACACGCCAUUCUUUUUGUAUACAGUACUAAAUAAUUACUAGUCCAUUCUUUAUCGGAAAA